CUACAGAUGGUGGCCUGGGUUUUACCAGAAUGAAAGACAUAGUGCAAGCUUGUAGUGCUUAGCUUUGGUGGAACUUUAGAACUACUAAUACAACUUGGGUACAGUUUAUGAAAGCAAAGUAUUGCCAGAGAGUGCAUCCAGUGGCUAAGACUUGGCAACAUGGGGAUUCUCAUAUCUAGAAAAGAAUGGUGCAGAUUACACCUUUGAUUGAAUCAAAAAUCCUUUGGAAAAUUUAUGAUGGGUCUUUAAGCUUAUGGUGGGAUAAUUGCACUGGCCUUGGGUCACUUGCUGUGAUCACCAAUCAAGCACGGGGGAAAUAUUGGCUCUUUCCUUUGAAAAACUAUGUUGUGAACAAGGCAUUGGACCUGGCUCAACUUCAACAACUUAUGGACCCAGGUUUCUUUAUACAUUUCCAAGUGGACUUGUCUUUGUUUGGUUCUCCAUUUCCAGAUAAAGCCAUAUGGCAACCUAAAGCUACUGGAGAGUUUUCCUUGAAAGCAGUUAAACAAUUCUUAAGGCCUAGUGGUCAAACUGACAUAUAUUUACAAAAUUAUUGGCAUAAGCAUAUCCCUUUCAAGGUUUCCUUNUGGAUACUAUUCUAUACAGGUUUGGUCAUUCUUUCCCUUCUAAAUGCUACUGCUGUACUAAACCUGAUAGAGAAUCAACUGAACAUGUGUUUGCCCAAGGAGAUGUGGCUAGAGCUGUCUGGAAUUAUUUUUGUGACCUGUUUGGUAUGGACCAUGGCUGUACCACUAUCAAACAAUAUCUUGACAUUUGGUGGGGGUCCCGUAUUCAUUCUAAGAAGCCCACAGUUAGACAAUUAUUGAAACAGUGUAUACCUACCUUUAUUGUUUGGGAAUUAUGGGUUCAUUAUGCUUCGCUCAAAUUUGGGGAGAAACAUGUUAAUGUGCCUAGACUUAUAUUCAAGGUGAGGAAGGAUGCCGUUGAGGUUGUGUGUCAUAAAUGGCCAAAAUUAUCGAAUUCGAUCUAUCAAUGAUUGGAAGGCCAUCUUUACUCUCUCUGGCAAUAUAUCUAAGGCCUUUCACUUCAAGGAAUCUCUUUGGCAAAACCCACCUGUGGAUACGGUUAAAAUUAAUUUGUCUUUGUGUUCUGAUACAAAUGGCCAUGGGCUUACUUCUAUGGCUCGUGAUUCAAAAGGGAUAUUUCAAUAUGCUUAUUGGCUAGCUAAUCAAUCUUCUGUGUUGGUUGGAACUAUUGAGUUACUUGUCAUAAUGCUUCAAUGGUGCUUAAGUGCAGGAUUUCAAGUACUACAGGUGGAAGCUGAUUUUGAGGACCUUAUAAAUAUUCUAAAACUUGAUAUCCUUACCUGCCCUCAAUUGAGCAGACUUGCUUUUUUAUUAUCCUGUUGUACUUAUACGGCCACCAUUUGUGAUAAUCAUGCUAAUAGGGUGACGAACUUCCUGGUUAGAUGGUGUUGUAACCAGCGUCACCCAAGUGGAGAAUUUGAUUGUAUAUUUGCUCUGCCUAAGCGUUGUCAAAUCCUCUGUCAGUGGGACAUCCAACGUGUUCCUGAGUUUUCACCUUCCUCAUCCUCAUAACGUUGUGUGAACUGUGUUGGCUGUUUUGGAUUGGUCUUCUGUGGUACUUUGGUCGUGUUUUUGACCUUAUUGUGGCAUUGGUCAUGCCGUAGACUAGUAGUGUUGUUGUUAGCUAGGACCUUAUUGUGGCUUUGGUCAAGCCGUAGACUAGUUGUUCUAGCUAGGACCGUAUUGUG